AUGCCCAAAUGGAUACUCUAUAGUCUGAUGGCUCUUUUCCAUUGCAGCUUCCUUUAUUCAUUGUCCUCGGUUGACUCAGGACUGCAAAGAUGGAAUAAGGUUAUAAAGAGGCGAGUAAGCCAGGGUAAUCCAGAUCAAGCCAUUCUUGCUUAUGUCGAAAUGAAACGAGUUGGGUUUGAUGCUGAUAAUUUUACAUUUCCUGUUUUACUCAAAGCAGCUUCAAGUCUUUCUUCUUGUUGUAUUGGUUUUGCUCUCCAUGGCCAGGCCAUGAAAACCGGUUUUUCUGGCCAUUGUUUUGUGGGGACGGCUCUGUUGGACAUGUACUCGGCCUUUGGGGCCAUUGAUCAUGCCACUAAGGUGUUUGAGGAGAUGGGUGUGAAAGAUGUAGUUGUUUGGAAUUCCAUGUUAGCUGCAUAUGCUUCUUGUGGUCAGAUGGAUAAUGCCAUGAAACUGUUUGAUAAUAUGCCUCUGAAGGACCUUGCAUCUUUUAAUAUCAUGAUUUCUGGGUAUGCAAAAAUAGGAAAAAAAGCGGCUGCCAGAAGCAUCUUUGAUAGAAUUCAUGCUAAGGACAUCGUGUCAUGGAACUCGAUGAUUCUGGCAUGUACCAAUGUUGGCGAUAUGGGUAAUGCCCGGAACUUGUUUGAUGUAAUGCCUAAGAAAAACGUCAUUACAUGGAACACAAUGAUUUCUGGCUACUUACAUGCCCAACUUUAUGCUGAGGCUGUUGAUUUAUUUGAUGAGAUGAAAGCCGGAAACCAUGAGGCUGACCAUCUGACCGUUACUCUCGUUCUAUCUGCUUGUGCCCAUUUAGGGUGGCUGGGAAAAGGCACUGAGAUGCACGUAUAUGCUCAAGAUCAUCGGCUGGCAUCAAGUCCCCAUGUAGCCACAUCAUUAAUCGAUAUGUAUGCAAAGUGUGGAACCAUACAGAGGUCACUAGAGGUGUUCUAUAAGUCUCAAGUAAAGGAUAUUUAUUGUUGGAAUGCCAUCAUCUCCGGACUCGCUCUUCAUGGCUAUGGUCAUGCUGCUGUCAAACUCUUAGACAAAAUGCGGGAUAAUGGUGUAAGGCCUGAUGAAAUCACCUUCAUUGGACUUCUCAGUGCAUGUAGUCAUCGUAGCUUGGUCCAAGAGGGUUGCCGGUUGUUCGAUUGCAUGGAAAAGGAGUUUGGCCUUCCACCCAAGUUAGAGCAUUAUGGCUGCAUGGUUGAUCUUCUGGGUAGAGCUGGAUUUCUUGACCCUGCAUUUCAGCUCAUAAAAGCCAUGCCUUUUGAACCCGGAGAAAGCAUCUUGGGUGCCUUGCUUGGUGCCUGUGUGAUUCAUCAGGAUCUUGAGACUGGAGAGAAGGUGAUAAACUUGAUUACUUCCAAGGCUCAUCAUGUGAGUGAUGGAGAGUUUAUGAUGUUUGUGAACUUGUAUGCAUCAUGUGGCCAAUGGAAAGAAGCCAAUAGAUGGAGGGAGAGGAUGAACGAAUCGGGGAUUGCUAAAACUGCUGGGGGUAGUACCAUUGAAGUCGAUGGCAAAUUUUACAGGUUUUUGGCUGGGGAUAUCAGCAUGGAUCAAGAUUUGCAUAGUGGGUCAAAUUAAAACUGUGAGACCUUCAUUUGUUCAUGAUAAAUAUAAAUCCUCUCAUUUCAUUAUUCAUUUCAAUUUGUACAAAUGAAACAAAGCAGGUGAUCCUCCCUUAAUGUCUUCAUCCUGAGCAUGCUGUACCAUUCACCAUAUCUGCCCAGGAAUUAGAGAUGGCCCAAAUCAGUAUCCCGAAAGCCGACACCAUGGAAGCCAGGGAACACAAUUUGCAAAGCCUUGCAAUCUGGGGAAUCUUGUGGAUCAGCAGAGUGGCUGCAAAUGCAGCGGAGAAGGCAAACAUGAUGGAUAACACAAAGGCAUGAAAGGCUGAUGGGAGGCCCUUGAAGAUGAUUUUUUGUACUGGGUUUCUGUUGGCAUGGUCAUUGGGAAGUAGAAUGAGAAUGGUGGCAGCUGUGAAGGUGACAAACAAGAUAGACUCCAUGGUGUAUGGGUGGUGUAUUCACUGCUACAUGAUUGAGAAGAAAUGAAGGAAUAUGGUUUUCCAGGAAAAUUUGCAGGAUCCAUGUACAUCUAAAUAUUCAUGGUGCCUUUCUGAAGAA